CGAUAUUAUCAAAGUAAAUUAAUAUUAUAAUUAAAUUUAAUAAUAUUAUGAUAUCAAGAAAAUUAUUAUAAAAUUAGAUAUUAAUAAUUUACACUUUUAUAUAUAUUCAUUUCUAAAUUCGAUGCAGUAACUUUUAAUAAGAAAGAAUGGUUAUAUUAACACGAGUUUUAGGUUGUACGGCAAAAUUACACAAUUACACAAGGAAAUAUAAUCGACAAGGCUUAAUUGACAGUUUGCGUCUUCAUGUAACUGGAGGUACAGGUGGUUCAGGAUUACCUUCUUAUGGUGGGUUAGGUGGACCGGGAGGAAAUGUUUAUCUUAUUCCAGAAAAAAAAUUAACAUUAAAAAAUGUUAAAUAUAAAUUAAACAAUAUGAAAUUAAAAGCAGGAAAAGGAAGUGAAAGUUCCAAAAAAGGUCUUAUUGGAAUACCUGGAAAAGAUUUAAAUAUAAGUGUACCAAUUGGUAUCACUGUUUAUGAUGAAAAUCACAUUAAACUUGGAGAAAUAAAUUCACAGGAUACAAAAUUAAUGAUAGCUAAAGGUGGAAUAGGAGGCUGUGAACAAACAGGAUAUUGUGGACUCAAAGGUGAAAGUCGCACUAUAAUUCUUGAUCUUCAGUUACUUGCUGAUGUUGGUUUAAUAGGUUUUCCAAAUGCAGGAAAGAGUACAUUUUUAAAUGCAAUUUCAAAAGCAAAACCAAAGAUUGCUAAUUAUCCAUUCACAACAAUAAAGCCACAAAUAGGCAUUGUAAAAUAUAAAGACUAUAGACAGAUUUCCAUUGCGGAUUUACCAGGUUUAAUAGAAGAUGCUCAUAUUAAUAAAGGAAUGGGUCAUAAAUUUUUAAAACAUGUAGAAAGAACAAAAUUACUGUUAUUUAUUGUAGAUAUUCAAGGAUGUCAAGUUUCUAUAAAGCACAAACAUAGAUCUUGCCUAGAAACCAUUCUUUUAUUGAAUAAAGAAAUUGAACUUUAUAAACCUGAUUUAUUAGAUAAACCUGCAAUGAUUAUAAUAAAUAAAAUGGAUACAAAGGGAGCAGAUGAAAUCUAUAAUGAAAUUAAACCAAAAUUAAAUAAUCUAUCAAAAUUCCUUCCAGAAUUUGAUAAAUCAAUACAGCCAACAAAAACAUUGCAAUUUGAUAAUGUUUUAACAACUUCUUUGAUUUUAAAAGAUGUAAAUGAAAUACAGAAAAUAAAAAUAAAAAUUAGACAAAUUAUUGAUGAAUAUGAAGAAAAUAUUUCUCUUAGAAAUUUUAAUUUAAAUGCAGAUAAUUUAUAUACAAAAUUAAAACAACAAACAAAGAGAUAUGCGCCAAUAUUUGUGUAAUUUAUUUCAAUAAACAAAUAAUUUAAAAAAGUAAAAA